UGACCUUGUUCGUUUUGUCACCAUUUGAUGUCUGAAUCUAAAAGGUGAUCGGCCAGAGUGGCUUUCAAGGCAAGUCAGUACACUCAGUAACCAUCUUUGGAACCCUCCCUGGUAGCUAUUUUCUGUAGAUACAAGCAGCAUAAAAGUGCAGCUCCUAUCUACUUGAAUGGAGAAAGACAGAAAUCUCCAAAACUGUUGGUCAAGAUUACGAUCAAAGAACAUAUUUCAAAUCAGCAGUAAAACAUGACAACAAUGGUAUCAUAAAUUGUGUUUCUUUAGUUCAUAUGCUAAAAACGCAAUUUUUCAGGCUAGUCCAACUAUUGUGCAUGCACGUUCUCAAGUGUACUGACGAUGUAUCUAAAAGGUUAUUGGGUCUUUUAUUUGUAAGGCAGGACUUCAUUUUCUCCAUCCGCCAUAUUGGGCGUUCCAAAUUCUCCCAUUAAUUUUAAUAACAGUGCACCGUCUCCGGCUAAAUAGUCUCUGGCGAUAGUUUUAAGCAUCACCCAUUCUUUUUAACUUUUGACCGACAACCUAGAGAUAUUGCAGACAUGGAAGUAAAAACUCAAUCUACUAUAUGCAUUUUGUUUCCCAGUGUCUCAUACCUAUCUCUGUACUAGCUCGUACUUUUCUGGGCAAUUUAUGAGUAUUAGAUAAUUCUAUUAAUUAUGGACAUUAUAUUAAUAUACUAUUUACAAAUAAUAACUAUAUCAAGUAUACUUUACAUUUCUUUGAAUCUCAAAAAUGCAACAGCGGAAAAUUAUUUCCCUGUUCAUUCAUACCCGCAACCAAACGCAGCUGAACCGACAACAAUGAUUGGCCACGUAGGAAACACAAAACUACAAUUCCUGCACUUUCAUUGGCCAACGCUGUGUCAAUCAAAUCCGACACUGAACUUUCAUUGGUUUACUCUCAGUGACGAUCACACUCGGUGAAUGCUGAGUGCACGAGCAAUGCGAAGUGUUUUGGGUUGAACAGACGCACGCGAGGAGACGCGGGUAAAUAAUGUAUUAUGCAUUUUUCUCCAUCCAUCUAAAAAUGAGCGUUUGCACUCGACAAAACGGCUUGUUUUAGAGCGGUAUUUACGCUUGUUUUGCUCAGUUGUUUCCCCCAAAGAAGUAAGAGAUGAGACAUCUGGUUUACGCCAGUGGUUUUCAGAUUGAUUUAUGAACCGAAGAAGCUGAAAUGGACAUGUUGGGUUGUCUGAGCUUCAAACAUCUGGCAAGAGGAGGAUGUGAAUCUGAACAUAUGAUGUUACUGAUAUUGCAUCAUUAAUCUCAACUGAACUUCAGAUGAACAUGAAGGUGAGGGGUGAUGCUUCGCUGCUGUCCGGGACGCAUCAGGACAGAUUACCUUUUACACCUCAUGCGAUGUGGCCACAUGCAUUUUUGACUACCUUCGUAUGUGUUAUUUGUCAUCAUAUCACAAAAUUUUUAGACCCCAUUUAGACCUGUAUUUAGCGCUGACCACAUGUGAUCAGAUCACCACAAACGUAUCUUAAUACCAGGUGUAAACAGGGUCGUAGUGUCUAUGUCUGUGCUUGACAGAGUAGGAAUAGACUAACUUUCUAUAAAUUGAUUUUUAACUAUCGGCCGAUUAAUCAGUUAUUGGCCUUUUCCACUAUCGUAGUUAUCGGCAAAAUCCACUAUCAGUCGACCCCAGUCGUGACUUCGCGUAAAAAGAACCAUUAUGGCAGUGGUCUCAAUAGGAAUAGUGACCACAUUUCUGUUUUGUAUGCCAUUUUAUAAUGCCAUUGUUUAGGGAUGGGACGAUAUGGUUAUUUCACAAUUUGGUUCGAUAUAUGAUAUCAGGUUCACGAUUCGAUAUAAUCUCGAUUCGAUAUUAGUAACUUUGUUAAUAGUAAUAGUGACCACAUUUCUGUUUUAUAUGCCAUUUUAUAAUGCCAUUGUUUAGGGAUGGGACGAUAUGGUCUUGAUUCGAUAUUAACACUUAAAUUACAAAAUAUUACAUUUUGUUUUCUAAAAAAAAGUUUGAGCAAAAUACACAUUAUGAUAAAUGCUUAAUAGUUAUUUUAACUUUGUAAAAAUGCAAAAAUUCUACAUUCUAUUAAUUAAUAUUAUAUCAUGAAAUGGUUUAUAUAAUAAUGAUAUGUGCUAUCACUGUUUGAAAUACUGUGUACAAUUUACAAGUAAAAACAUUGAGUUUACAUUCAUUUGUAUAAGAAACACUAAAAAGGCACUGUCAGAGUUUCAACGUGCUUUUCUCAGUGUUCUGGUUCAGCGAACAUCAACAAGAAGAAACUCUUGGUUUCUUUAGCAAAUCCAUUCUGUGUGAGAUUAAAAUUAAUAUUUCUUUUUACUUUUCUGUCUGACUGUAAAGAACACAUUAUUCAAUGAAAGUGGAGUCGACUCAUCUUUAAUGGACACACACUACUCUGAGAAAACGAUCCGUUUUAAUCUCAAGCACUUUUCAUCAAAACAAGGCGAUUUUCCAGGUAUUCCAGUACUUACAUUUCUAAAAGCUAAAUUCAAGCACUUUAAGCACUUCAAGGACCUUGUGUGAACCCUGUAAACCAUGUAGAAAAAAGAUCAGUAGUGGUGAAAUCAAGUGAUGGAGAGAUUAUGUUGGACUGGUCAUUUCAUUUAUAAUCACAUGGACGGAAAACAAUGUUGCAAAUUUCAAAAUAUCGAGUUAUGCAACAAUAUAGUUCAUAAAUGUUUUGGUUCAAGAUAUAUUGAAAUUCGAUAUCGUCCCAUCCCUACCAUUGUUACCUGGAGUGCUUUCUUUGUUCAUAAAUAUUUAGCAAGAACAUAUAGAGGUGAAGUAAUAAGUUAAUGUAGUUAUAAAUAUUUUGCUGUUUUAAGAGGUCUGAGAAUGUGCACAGCUGCAGUUUCAUUAUGCUAGUGGCACAGAAAUGAAUACAUCAGCUUUCAUGAUAGAUUGACCAGAUGUUUGUGGCAUUCUUGCAUUACAUGUUACUCAUUUUUCUCUUUUGCUUCCACAGGGUCAACCUUCAUACUGACAUGUGUGCUAGCGACCUGGCAUAUUGGUUGAGCAUGCCCACUUUACUGUGUAACUGCAAGAAGAAGAAUGCUUUAUUCCUCCCCUAAUCCACCCGUGGCUUCAGGGCAGCCUAGCACCACCCUGCACACCCUGCCCAGGCCAUUGACCCAGUCAUUGGGUACAAGAGCCAUGGAGAAUUCCUCCUCAAAAGACAACAGCUCACUGGACUUCAGGACUCUAUCAGAAUACGGAAUACCUACAUCUGUGUGGCAGGACCCUGUUCAGGGCUUAAAUCUGCCCCUUCAGGUCUUCUUCUGUUUGGUCAUCGUCUGCGUGCUGCUACUAGCCUUCCUCGGCAACAUGGUGGUCUGUGUGAUGGUUUACCAGCGAGCCGCUAUGCGCUCGGCCAUUAACAUCUUGCUGGCCAGUCUUGCCUUUGCCGAUAUGAUGUUAGCGGUCCUUAACAUGCCCUUUGCUCUUGUCACCAUGGUGACCACGCACUGGAUCUUUGGCGAAGCAUUUUGCCGUGUGUCGGCUAUGUUCUUCUGGAUGUUCGUGAUGGAGGGUGUGGCUAUUUUGCUGAUCAUUAGCGUGGAUCGCUUCCUAAUCAUUGUGCAAAAGCAAGAUAAACUCAGUCCACGCAGGGCCAAAGUGUUAAUCGCUGUCUCGUGGUCUCUCUCUUUCUGCCUCUCCUUCCCUCUUUCCGUUGACCAUCCUGCCCUGUACAUCCCCCCCAGAGCGCCACAGUGUGUUUUUGGAUACACGGCUGAGCGUGGCUACCAUGCCUACGUGAUGCUAAUCAUGCUUGUUUUCUUCUUUGUACCCUUCCUGGUGAUGCUGUACACAUUCAUGGGCAUCCUAAGUACGCUCCGCCACAACGCACUGCGCAUUCACUCUUACCCCAACUCGGUCUGCCUCAGCCAGGCCAGCAAGCUGGGUCUCAUGAGUCUGCAAAGGCCCUUUCAGAUGAAUGUUGACAUGAGCUUCAAAACACGUGCCUUCACCACAAUCCUCAUUCUUUUCUCGGUGUUCACCGCAUGCUGGGCUCCUUUUGCCACCUACAGCCUGCUGUCCACCUUUAGUCGUACGUUCUACUACAAGCAGAACUUCUUUGAGAUCAGCACGUGGCUUCUGUGGGUCUGCUACCUCAAAUCAGCCCUGAAUCCCCUUAUCUACUACUGGCGUAUCAAGAAGUUUCGUGACGCCUGCCUUGAUCUAAUGCCCAAGUACUUCAAGUUCCUCCCGCAGUUGCCUGGCCACACUAAGAGACGUAUCUGCCCCAGUGCAGUUUAUGUGUGUGGGGAGCAUCGCUCUGUGGUGUAACAGGGGACUUGUGUCUUUUUGUAAUUCUUUCGGUACAAUCUUGACAAGCUGUGAAUGAUAUGUUUGAUCUUUUUUAAAAGGUAGGAUGUUUUAGCUAUGAGAUUUUACAGAUGGUUUCCAGAGCCUGUACAUUAAACUAUUUUAAUUGAAUGAUGUUUUUUCAUCUUAAAUGAAUAGUUCAACCAAAAACAACAGUUCUCCCAUAAUUUUCUCACCCUUAAACUCGCAUGAUUAACUUUCUUCUGUGGAACACAAAGAUAUUUUCAUAUAUAUACUGUUUGAUGUGUUUAUAUCCAGACAAUGCAAGUCAAUGGGUUCCAAAACUGUCAAGCUUCAAAAAGGACAUAAAGGCAGCAUAAAAGUAAUCCAUAUGGCUCGAGUGGUUUAAUCCAUAUCUUCUGAAGAGAUACGAAUGGUUUUGGGUGAGAAAUAGACCAAAAUGUUGAAUUGAUGGGAUGUAAACACACCAUGGGUCCUAUUUAAAGAGUGGUAAGCGCAGCGCUAUGCAAUAUAUCAUAUGCGGAAAGUCUGUGGCAUAGCCAUUACUUUUCUGUACAAGCAUGCGCUAAGUCUAGGCGCAAGUGGGUUAUGUAUAAUUGUGCAUUCAAAGCUCAAAUGGGUUGGGUCAAGAGCAAUUUAAUUCUAAGGGUCUUCUGCAGUUAUUGCACCAUCUACGUCUUAUUUUAUAGUCACACUCAGAGCUAUCUUUGUUUGUGCCCCGCACAAGAUAGAAAGUCAUGAGUUUAAGGCUGCAUAAGGGAAAGUAAAUGAUAGGAGAAUGGUAUUUUUGGUUGAACUACUCCUUUAAUAGAAUUUAGAACUCACUAGAAGUUUGUUCCGUACAUGCCAGUCAGGUGCUGCUAUGUUUUGUGAAAAUGUGCAAUUUUCAGUUUUUAAUGCCAUGAAUGUAAUAAGAUUUUGUGUGCUGUAUUUGUCUUUCUUUCUGGGCUUUAUGUGAUCUUAUUUUAAAAUCUGAAGUUUCUAUUUAAUUUGAUUGUUGAACAUUCAUUUAAAUGGUUAUUAAUUAUGUUUAGUGUAAAAAAAAGGAAAACUAAGGCUGAAGCAUGUUAUUUUAAACAUGUAGAUAACUGAGACAAAACUUGAUUUUUUUUUUUCCAUGUCCAAUGCAUAUUCUGAGUUCCAAGAUUCUUAUGGACAUGGGAAACCUGGAUAUGUCAGGGAAUUGUGAUUUCCAUGCCUGGAAAAGUACUGGAAAUUAAUAAAACUUCAAACAGUC